AUGUUCCCCGCUGCAUCCUUGUUGACGACUCUCCUCUUGGCCAUGUCCAUCGCGGCAUCGCCCGUUGAAGUUCGCGACUCCCCCAUCACGCUCCCUAUCGCCAGGAGGCUAAACACCCCCAGUGGUACCAUCAAUCUCUUGGAGCAUGACCAAGCUCGUGCGGCAUCCCUCAAGAAUGUUGGCACCAGCACAUUGCUGUCACCAACUGAGGCUGUCUCCUACGUCGCAGCAGUUGGCGUUGGCAGCCCUGCCACAACCUACCAGUUGAUUGUCGACACCGGUAGCUCGAACACCUGGGUUGGUGCCAACACUGCGUACGUGAAGACCAGCACCAGUGUUAGCACUGGUCAGCCUGUGACGGUCGACUACGGUUCCGGCUCCUUCUCUGGAACCGAGUACACUGACACUGUCACUCUCGGCAGUGGACUCACCAUCACCGCGCAAUCAAUUGGUGUUGCUUCUACAUCGACCGGCUUCACCGGUGUCGACGGUAUCGUUGGCAUUGGGCCUCUCGACUUGACAGAGGGUACUCUGACGAACGAACAAACAACGACCAUCCCGACUGUCACUGAUAACCUGUACACUCAGGGUAUUAUUUCUGAGAUGGUCGUCGGUGUCUCUUUCGAGCCCACUUCUACGACUUUGAGCACCAAUGGUGAGCUCACCUUCGGUGGAACUGACGCCACCAAGUACACCGGCACCCUUGCGUAUACUCCUCUCACCACCACCUACCCUGCAUCCUACUACUGGGGUAUCAACGAGAGCAUCACUUACGGCUCCACGACGAUCUUGGCUGAGACUGCUGGUAUCGUUGACACUGGCACUACCCUCAUCCUCCUUGCCAGCAACGCCUACACAAAGUACCAGUCUGCAACUGGUGCUACUUUGGAUCGGACGACUGGUCUUCUCCGCGUUACUCUCACCCAGUACGACGCCCUCCAGAACUUGAACUUCAAUGUUGGCAGUAACACCUACGCUCUCACCCCUAAUGGCCAGAUCUGGCCUCGUGCCCUCAACACCUAUCUUGGUGGUAGCAACAGCUACAUCUAUCUCAUUGUCAACAACCUUGGCACACCCAGUGGUGAAGGUCUCGACUUCAUCAACGGUCAGACUUUCCUCGAGCGCUUCUACUCCGUGUUCGAUACCACCAACGCCCGUGUCGGUUUUGCCACAACCUCGUACACGGAUGCCACCACCAACUAA